GUGUGAAGAAGAGUGCCGCUACAGUGUGAAGAAGAGUGCCGCUUCAGUGAAAACGAUGCCACAGACGGUACCUACGGCCGUUGGCUUUUCGCCAACCUUCGACUACACGACCUUCCAGUUUGACCUGUCCCUUCUUCCAGAUGACUAUGGGGUUCUGAAUAAUCAGAACACCCUAAAAAUACCCCAAAUCAAGCAAGAAGCUUGUUCACCUCGGCCAGGUUCACCGACCACCUACCCCAGUCCUCCAUAUCCAGGCCUUGGUGGAGAACUGUCUCCAAAUUAUUCCAGAGACGCCUCCCCAGCCUACCCUACCAGUCCCUACUACGUUCCCCAAAGUCCCCAAAGUGCCCAAUUUGACCCAACAAGUCCAGAACCCAUGAAACAACCUGUCAAGAGAGAGAAAAGCCUUGACCUGCUGGCCAUUCUACAAGAAUCAAGACUACUUGCUGAAAGUCUGGGAUACAAAGAAGACUCAACAGACUGCACAGUGCCUUGCACACCCCCUCGAACCGAAGAAGACAUCUACAACAGUCUAGACACAGACUUUUUUCCAAAAAAAGAGUCGCAUCCCAUUCUGAAGGAAAUCCUCUUCAAAGAAGAGCCUUGCUCUUCAUCCUCUUCCUCAAAUUCAUCAUCAGCUUCUAUUUCUUCCCCAGCUUCGACAAUUUCAUCAUCGGCUUCCUCUCCAGCCUCUGUUGAAUUCGAAAGAUCUCCCCUUCGAGAACUUCUUUUCAGAGGGAGUCAAAGAGACCUUGCAGAAGAGACAUCAGCUGUCUUGAAGAUUGAAAAAAUUCAGGAAGAUCCUGUUCAGUCAAAAAUUGGAAACCCUCUAGAAAAGGAGGAAGAAUUAUUCAGCGACGUAAGGAAAAGUGACCAUCAGUUGUUGAGGGAAGUCCUUCGGGACACCAGCUUCCAGAGGAAGUACAAUCUGAGACCUGUGGAUCUCGCAGGUCUUGGAACUGGAUUUGUCGAGGACAUGGAAGCUGGAGAAUGUGUUGCUGAUCUUACGAGAGAGCAAAUUGAACCCGUACUUAGCCUUGCGAUCCAGCAGCUUCAGAAGGACUUCGACAACACUUGCGUGGCCCUCGGCAUCCAUCCUGAACCUCGCCGCUGGAGUGCGGCUGACGUCGCAGCUUGGGUGCAGUGGGCUAGAAGGCAAUUGCAGCUACCCUCUGUGCCUGUAGAAAGUUUCAACGUUGAUGGUGCUACUUUAGCGUCCCUCACUGAAGAAGAAUUUUGCAGGAGAGCGCCACAGUGCGGCAGUCUGCUACACGCUCAGUUGGAAAUCUGGAAAGCAGCGGUGGAGGAAUCGCCCAGAAAUACCUUAGCUGCCUCGUGGAGUCCGGCGGGAGUAGUUCAGGCGCCAGGAAGUGGAAGCGGAAGCACAUCUUCCUCUGUAGGAAGCACCGGUCCAGCCAGUGUCAAAGGAUCCUGUUCCAUGGAUUAUUCCGACGAUGAAGACGAUGAAUCCGUAUCCACUCAAGCAGUGGCUGGUGGAAAAAUGCGAAAUGGAGGCUCCCACAUCCACCUUUGGCAGUUCCUAAAAGAACUCCUGCAAAGUCCCGGUGUUCACGGAUCCUGCAUCCGUUGGUUGGACCGCAGCAAGGGUGUCUUUAAAAUCGAAGACUCAGUUCGAGUAGCUAGACUCUGGGGCAAAAGAAAAAACCGACCCGCAAUGAACUACGACAAAUUAAGCCGCAGCAUUCGACAGUACUACAAAAAAGGUAUCAUGAAGAAAACAGAACGCAGUCAGAGGUUAGUCUACCAAUUCUGUCAUCCCUAUUGUCUUUAAAAGAGACGAGGGCUUCAGAACUCGCCGUUCCAAUAUCACGAUCAUCGAGUUUUAUCUUCGUUAUUGUAUAACCCAAAAAGAGUCUCAUCAGGGCCAGGAAAAAAUUACUUCCUAAUUCAGAUUCUCAUCCUGCUGGUUUAUCAGAAACCGAGUUCCCACGUCUAUCCAAAAGGAAGCUCUCCUCUUAAUUCUGUUUCUCGAUCUUGAGUCGAUCUGGAUCCAUCUUAAGUGGCUAAGAUCAAGAACUAGAUCCAGAAUCUAAAUCUGAUCGCGAUUUGGAAUCCAGAUCGAGAAUUGAAUGAAACGGCUGAAACUUCCGAGUCUUCCCGCCUCGCGGAAAGAUCCAAGUGCAAAGACCCAGAAAUUUGUUUGUUUGAAUCAGUCAAUUUUGCUGAAGCAAACAGAUUCUUUUCUUGGUAAACAAAAUGAUUGUAUGUCUCUGUGUGUGACAGUCUCUAAUGAUAGUGUGUUUGAAUCUUUGUAAAUCUUGUGUGAAUCUGUAAUUUCGAAAAAGGUGUUUCUGAUGCGGAGGUCGCCAAAAAGAAUCCGCCGAGUUUGCAUUAUUCUCGAGAAUAAUGUCAAGCGACGGUUGGGUACCAACGUGUAUGCCCGGUUUGGGCGCUUAAUUAAUUUAAAAAAAAAAUCUCGUUACUCAUUCCUUAUCGAUACUCUCGAUCGAUUUGAUUGCGUUUCCAGGUUGUUUGGCUCAAAGCACAGCCUUGUCUCUUUCUCAACUUAGGGUAAGUCGUAAUAACGCGCGAGAGCUCUGUGACGGUAUGCUGAGCCCUUUCGGCGAGAUCAGAGCGGGAGGUACGUCCCGCGAAUGUUUUUUUAUUUAAUAUCAAUCAGCUGCUGAGGUUUACACAUCACUCGGAAAAAUAUUCAUCUUGAACCAAAGAAACCGUUUCUUCAAAAUAAUUUUUGUCUUUGAACUAAAGAUAAGUUCAAAAUAAAGAAAAUUAUUAAAUAUGAAACAGAAAUUUUCAUUGGAAGACUAAAACUUUGCUUUAAAUGAGAGCCAGUGAAUGUUUUUCUUUGACUCAAAGAAUCUUUCUUCAGAGUGAUGAAAAGGAUGAUGGAGUCUCUUCUCACGUUUGCUUGCUGGUCCCUUUCGCGAGCCCCACAGGUCACAAUUCCAGCGAUCUUAGCGCGCGGAACAUUUCGCUGCUGCUUGAUCGCCUCUGAUGCUUUUCCAAAAUCUUGCUUUUUGAAUCCCUGACACAAAAAUAAAUAGUCUUAAAAAGAAAUUAAAGUAAUUAUUUAAACCUUGCAGACCCGUCUUAAAUUUAUCGAACAAAGAUCUAGAGAUUCGAAAAGGGGGAAAUUAAAAUAAACGUUCAUACUCGAGAGGUAAUAUAAUUUUUAUUGUUUUCUCGACAUUAAAAUUUAAUAAAAAUGCGUGACUUUGUUGCAGAGUAGUAAACAAUGUUCACCCAUAAUUUCUGACGCAUGAUAGCAUCUUGAUUAUCUCGUGGCUCAUAUCUCAGAUUUAUUACAUUUUCAAUUAAAUUUGUCCUUUCCUAAUAAAUUAUGGUCUUCAUUACAUUUACGUCUCUUUUUAUUCCAAGAUUUUAUGUGACUGAGUUGCAAAAUUUUUAUUGAAGUGUAUUCCUUUGACCUAAGAAGUCAGCGUCGUGUGGAGAAUUUCCUUUCACGCAUGCCUCCGUGCAAAAUUCUCAGGACUCGAUUUUAUCAGAGAUAUCGAUCUGCAAUCGAUUCUCGGAUGCCUGAGGGUUUUUAAAACUAAAAUUUAUAUUUUAAAAGGGAAUGAUUUUGGAAAAGCGCAUGUGCCAGGGCUUGAUUAUGCGACUGGGAUCGGUGAUUUUGGUCCCAUAUAUCUAUGAUAUAUUAAACAUUGUAUGUUCCAUGAACGAUUAGUGUUUAAGAAUAAAUAGUAUUUAAGUUUUCUGGCUCACGUGGGCCGGUUUUAUUGAUAUCUUAUUUUCCGAAAUUCAUCCAUUAUUUUAAUAUUUUAUGCAAUAGGCUGUAAGCAUGCUUCCAUAAUUUAAAUUUUUUCAUUCCAAUACCUAAAUGUAAAGGAAUCGUUGAUACUUCUGUUUUUCGUAGAUUAGCCUUUUUUUUCUCAAUUAUUUAAUUAUUUUAUUGUAUUUAAUUUAAUUUCGACGACUUGGUCGCGUGUAACAAAGUUUUUCGUUAUUUCUUGUAUAUAAUUAUUUUAUAGUUAUUUUAUGUUUGGUAGGAAGGCUUUUUUAUUUUUAGUCACUUUUGAGUUUUUCCAACUUAACUAGGAAAUUCCAAGGCUCGGACUCACGUCACUAUUGACAAUUUUUGAUACUUUUUUAACGAAAUAACUAUUUUGGUAUUUUUCUUUUUUAAAUGAUACUCAUGCUACCAUUUUUUCUCACAUUGCUCGAUAAUAUAAUACUUUUUCCACUUUGUUUUUAAAAAUAUUUUCAAAUUUCUUUGCUGAUUAUCUAAAAUAACAUAUCUUUCAUAUAAAAAUCGGAAAUUUCCAAAGCUUCAAGAUUUUUUAUAUUUCCAAAAAUUAAUAUCGGGUUCUGAAAAUUUCUUAAGAUUUCAAUGGAUUUUAAGAGAGAGUGCAACCUAAAGAGGAUAAUCAUUAAUUAAUGACACUAAUGCAUGUAAAAUAAUUAAUUAAAUAAAAUAAAUAGUUCAUAAACUACACGUGUUAAUACAUUCAAAGAAAAAUAAACUUUUUCUUCGAUUUGUGCUCUUAACUCAUCAUUAUUCACUGUAUCUUUAAUUAUCUACUGCAAGCAGGUUUGCGCUAUUUGUAUUUUUUUUUUAAUAUUUGAAAAAUGUUCAUAAAAAAGUUUUCAAACUUUUUUGCUGAUUGUCUAAAAUAACAUAUCUUCCAUCUCAAAAAUUGAAAAUUUUAAAAGAUUUCGAGAUUUUCAAUAUAUAACUUAAAUGGGUUCCUGGAAAUUCCCCAACAUUCAAAAAAUCUCAAUCGGUUUUAAGGGAGAGUGCAAUCUACAGAGGAUAAUCAUUAAUUGAAUAUAUUCGUCUUUGUAAAAUAAUAAAUUCAAUUCAAUAAAUAGUUCAGAAACUACACGUGUUAAAACAUCAUAAUUAAAAUUAAUUUUUUUUAUUUGUGCUCCUAAUUCAUUAUUAUUCACUCUAGCUUACAUUAUCCACUGCAAGGAGGUUUCCGCUAUUUUAAAAUCUUGUGAAGGAUUAAAAAAAUUUCCAACAAACAGUUUUUCAAACUUUUUCUCUGAUUUAUGAAAAAUCUGAAAUUUUAAAAAAUUUCAAGAUUUUCAAUGUUUAAUCUAAAUAGAUUUUAAGGGAGAGUGCAACCUACAGAUGAUAAUCGUUAGUUAAAGAUAUUAAUUAAUGUUAAAUAAUUAAUUUAAUUUUAUGAAUAGUUUAUAAACUAUACGCGUUUAUACAUUAAAAUUAAGAUUAAUUUUUAUAUUUUCAUCUGUGUUCUUAAUUAAUUAUUAUCCACUGUAGCUUUCAUUAUAUAUUGUACGGAGGAUUGCGCUAUCUUACCAAAUUUUAAAAGAUUAAACAAAAUUCCAGCGGGGUUUUAAAAAUCAAUAAUUUCAACGGAUUUUAAGAGAUUUCAAGAAAUUUAG